AUGUUUGCAGCCCGCGAAAAAUCGAUUCAAAUCUCGUGCGGAGAUUUGCGUUUACAGGCGCGGAAUUUGGCGCAAAAUUCGAAAUCGUAUUUGCAAUCGAAGAAGUUGUUCAUCAAUUUUUGCGGGUUUCAGGAGAAUGGCGAUAGAAGUUGUGUGCAUUUGGAGUUGUUGAAUGCCAGUGACGAGGUGGGUUUUGGGUAUUUCAAAAAUGUAGAUCUUUCGAACCGAAAUUUCAAGGCGAGUUCGAAUUUAUAAAAAUUUUGAACUGAAAUUUGGAAUUAGGAGUGAAAUUUGGAAUUAGGAGUGAAAUUUGGAUUUGAUUGAGAUCUCAUAAGCCUAGGAAAUAUCUGGAUAUUUCGAAACUUAAAUUUUAUGCCCGAUUCAAAUUUUGGAUUUUAUUCAGGUUCAAAAAAUCCACGAGGAAAAAAUAAAUGUUUUCUGAAUUUAACUUUGAUCUUUUCAGCUUCAAGUUUCUGAAAAUUAAAAGUUCUAGCAGAUUCCUCAUGACCAAAAUAUCUUUAGAUCAUCACAUUCAACAUCCGAAGUCCACCAACUCCCUGUUUUUUCGUCAAACCAAAAGUCGGAAUGGUGAAUCCGAGAUCCAUCAUCAAACUAUUCUUCACAUUCAAAUCUCGUUGUCAUCGAAUUCCAGACGAUUUUUGUUGGAUCUAUUCGAUCUAUCAACUUCCAAUUCCACCGGAUAUGAUAAAUUUGGUCAAAGAGGAUGAGUUCAGGUAAAAAAUUAUGCUAAUGAGACUUAGCUUUAACCUAAAUUGAAUUUAGCACAACUACAAUCCGUCGAAUUUGGAAAAAGAAUGGAGAAAAACUGGUUGAUCGAAUUCUACACCUUCCUGUGAUAUUUACAGAAAAUGCUAGUGAAAAUCGAGAUUGUAUGAAACAUGUGACGAAUCAGAUUAUUAUUGUUAAUGAUCAGGGAGAAGUUUGUGAGUUUUCGGUUUUUUUACUAGAAAAACAAUGAACACAUAAUGAUUUCGAAAAUUUGUUUCGCAUAUUUUUGAAGCGUAUUUUCCCCUCAAAAAUCAUUUUGCAGUGGCCGAAGAAGUUCCGGAAGAAAAUGAUGAGAAAAACGACAAUGAUAGUGAUCUACCGCCAACUGCUGAAGGAUAA